UGCCCUGACCCUUCCGCGUCCGCCUGGAUGGUGCUCUACUUCCAAGAAGGGGCGAUGGGCAGCUCCUAAGCUUAGGCUGCUGGCCUCGGGAGGAUAACAUUUGGAGCUUCUAAAUUAGCACUGACCCUAAGUUCUGAGGCUCCGAGUGCAAUGACUCAAGCAGAAAUUAAACUGUGCUCUUUGUUGCUGCAAGAGCAUUUUGGUGAGAUUGUCGAAAAAAUUGGAGUCCACCUAAUCAGAACUGGGAGCCAGCCACUUAGAGUUAUUGCCCAUGACACAAAAGCAUCACUGGACCAGGUGAAAAAAGCCCUUUGUGUCCUCAUUCACCAUAACCUGGUCAUCUAUCAUGUGCAUAAACGCGGUGUGGUGGAGUAUGAAGCCCAGUGCAGCCGGGUACUGCGGAUGCUUAGGUAUCCCCGGUACAUCUAUACGACCAAAACGCUGUAUGGUGACACUGGAGAGCUGAUUGUUGAGGAGCUCCUGCUGAAUGGCAAAAUGACAAUGUCGGCUGUUGUGAAGAAAGUAGCAGACCGACUCACGGAGACCAUGGAGGAUGGCAAGACCAUGGACUAUGCUGAGGUGUCAAAUGCAUUUGUGCGACUGGCAGAUACUCACUUUGUACAGCGCUGUCCCCUGGUUCCUGACACCAACAGUUCUGACCCUGGGCCACCACCGCCUGCCCCAACCCUUGUCAUUAAUGAAAAGGACAUGUACCUAGUUCCCAAACUGAGCUUGAUAGGAAAAGGUAAGAGGAGGAGAUCAUCUGACGAAGAUGCUACUGGAGAGCCCAAGGCCAAGAAACCCAGAUACACAGAUAACAAGGAGCCCACACCAGAUGAUGGGAUUUAUUGGCAAGUCAACCUCGACAGGUUCCACCAGCACUUCCGUGACCAAGCAAUUGUGAGCGCAGUGGCAAACCGAAUGGACCAGACAAGCAGCGAGAUUGUGCGGACAAUGCUGCGGAUGAGUGAGAUUACCACGCCCUCUAGUGCCCCGUUUACUCAGCCACUGUCCUCCAAUGAGGUUUUCCGAUCCCUGCCCGUCGGAUAUAACGUCUCUAAGCAGGUUCUCGACCAGUACCUCACACUGCUGGCAGAUGACCCACUAGGAUUUAUUGGGAAGUCUGGCGACAGUGGCGGAGGAAUGUAUGUCAUCAACCUCCAUAAGGCAUUAGCAUCCCUAGCCACUGCAACACUGGAGUCUGUCAUCCAGGAGAGGUUCGGGUCCCGCUGUGCCAGGAUAUUCCGUCUGGUAUUGCAGAAGAAGCACCUGGAGCAGAAGCAGGUGGAGGACUUUGCGAUGAUUCCUGCAAAGGAGGCAAAGGAUAUGCUGUACAAGAUGCUCUCUGAAAACUUCAUGUUACUGCAGGAAAUUCCUAAAACGCCAGACCACGCCCCAUCCAGGACCUUCUAUCUGUACACUGUGAAUGUGCUGUCAGCUGCCAGAAUGCUGUUGCACAGGUGCUAUAAGAGCAUAGCCAACUUGAUAGAAAGGCGGCAAUUUGAAACAAAGGAGAACAAGCGGCUUCUGGAAAAGUCUCAGCGGGUGGAAGCCAUCAUGGCGUCGAUGCAGGCCACGGGCGCAGAGGAGGUGCAGCUGCAGGAGAUCGAGGAGAUGAUCACAGCCCCCGAGCGGCAGCAGCUGGAGACACUGAAACGCAACGUUAACAAGUUGGAUGCCAGCGAGAUCCAGGUAGAUGAAACCAUCUUCUUACUGGAAUCAUACAUUGAGAGCACCAUGAAGAGACAGUGACCCAGAAGAAGCAAUGCUGGGAUCAAACUCAGGGCCUGUCACAUGCUAGUCAACUGAUGUACCACUGAGCCAUAUCCCCAACCAGAAACCAGCAUCCUUCUCAAAAGAUCUAGGAGAUGGAAAAGAAGAAGAAGGUGCUUGGAUGCAUUCUUUGCAGUGAUUUUUUUUUUUUUAAUGUUUUUUUCGAAACGGGGUUUUCUUUGUAUAGCCCUGGCUGUCCUAGAACUCACUUUGUAGACCAGACUGGCCUCGAACUCGGAGGAUCCUCCAAGUGCUGGGAUUGAAGGCGUACACCAUGAUCAGCUUCACUGAAGAUUCUAGUACUGGCUCCCUGUUCCUGUCUUUCCCAGAUGCUCAUGAUAUACCUGAAAGAGUAUAUUCUCCUCUCAUCAAAUCCUCACAGUAUGAUAAAUCUUUUAAAUAAAUGAGAACACUCAUAAAUUA